UACAGGGCAUACCCUGAGUUUCUCCAAGAUAGAAAGGCUAAGGUCUCCUCCUGCUAAUGUCUGGGGAAAAGGUCCCCCCCAAAGAGAUCAAAGCUGAGACGGAUAAUUCAGAUGUUUCCUGCCCUAGUGUCUCAGACCUGCAACAGCUCCUGCAAACAGGGAAGGUCUCCUGUAACCAUGUGGAUGAAGUCUGGCCUAACCUCUUCAUAGGAGAUGCGGCCACAGCAAACAAUCGCUUUGAGCUGUGGAAACUAGGCAUCACUCAUGUGCUGAAUGCAGCCCAUGGGGGGCUCUACUGCCAGGGGGGACCUGACUUCUAUGGCAGCUCUGUGAGCUAUCUGGGGGUACCUGCCUACGAUCUCCCUGACUUCAACAUCAGUGCCUACUUUUCUUCCUCUGCUGAUUUUAUCCACAGUGCCCUCUGCACGCCUGGGGCUAAGGUCCUAGUGCACUGUGUGGUGGGGGUCAGCCGAUCAGCCACUCUGGUCUUGGCUUACCUCAUGUUAAGACAAAGGCUAACCCUGAUGCAGGCUGUGAGUUCUGUGAAACAACACCGUUGGAUCUUCCCCAACUCUGGUUUCCUCAAGCAGCUCUGCCAGCUGGACAAGCAACUUCAGGAGUCAGGAGCAACAGUGAAGGACUGAGAGAG